AUGUCUGCCGCCCUUCACCGACCACCAGCUGCCACCCACGUCCCAGCGCCUUUGAAAUCGCAACAGCCGUCAACUGUACGAACAGCGGCAGCCUCGGUGCCAGCGCAACUAAAUCGUUCGGCCAGCGAGAAUAGCAGCAGACCGGAAUCAGACACCAUGGCGCCGACAGUGAAUCGUAAGAAACAAAAGAGGCGCCAGAAGCAGGCCGCUAAACUCGCCGCUGAGCAACAAGACCACAGUGCCGACAACUCAACGAAUCCAUCAGAUCAGAUGCACUACAGCAACAAGGAUCAGUCCGAUGCUGACGAUGGGGACGUCUAUGAUCAAGACGAUAUUGACGAUGAUGAGGACAUUGACCACGGCAGAGAAAACGAUUCCGGGCCUAUGGCCAAUGGAAACGGAACGACAAAGACCUCCAAAUCGAAAAAGAAGAAAAAGUCCAAGACUCCACCCGCUUCUCAGAAAAUGGCUGAGGAAAGUUCGACAUCUCUUUCGGCACCCUCUGCAACAGCAGGUCGAUCACAGCCCCCGCUACAAUCCUUGCCGAGUAGUCAAACAGUCAAAAAGCCCAAAGACCGCAUAUGGAAUACGUCCACUCAAGAGGAGCGUGAGAACAUCAAGAAAUUCUGGCUUGAGCUUGGCGAAGACGAACGCAGGGCCCUGGUCAAGGUAGAAAAGGAUGCUGUGCUGAAGAAAAUGAAGGAGCAACAAAAACAUUCGUGUAGCUGCACUGUUUGUGGGCGAAAGCGGACGGCAAUAGAAGAAGAGCUGGAGGUACUGUACGAUGCAUACUAUGAGGAACUCGAACAGUACGCCAACAACAAUCAGGGUGCUUUUGAAAAUGGCGCCCCCAUCGUCCCUCCGCCACGACUAUACCACCGCAAUCUUCAUGCCCUCAACCGUCAUGCGCACAGGCAUUCGCAUGCGCACCACUCGCACUCCCAUUCGCAUUCCCACUCCCACUCGCACGUCCAUGACCACCAUGAUCACCACGAUCAUUACCAUGAUCAUCACCAUGACCACCACGAUCAUUACCACGAUCACGACCACGACCACGACCAUGACCACGAUCACGAUCACGACCAUCAUCAUGACCAUGACCAUCAUCACCAUCAUCACUCUCAUCAUGGCCGAGUACAUGAGAUACCUGAAGACGAAGACGACUUGGAAGAUGAUUAUGAUGAAGAGGACGAUGACGAAGAGCCGUACAGCGAUGAUGAACUGGACGAUGACAGUCACGGUGAGCGAGCGGAUUUUUUUGCCUUCGGGAAUAGUCUCACCGUAAAAGACGGCAUUUUGACUGUCGCCGAUGACCUCCUCAAGAACGAUGGGAAACAUUUCAUAGACAUGAUGGAACAAUUAGCCGAGCGUCGAAUGCAGCGCGAGGAAGACACACAAUAUGGAAUGGUAGCCGCACAUCAAUCUUACCACGCAGGACAUAAUCACGGACCCUUAGAUGAAGACGACUAUGAUGACGAGGAAGAGGACGAUUAUGAUAGUCAGGAGGAGGAAGACUAUGAGGAUGACGAAAUGGAUACGAUGACCGAGGAACAACGCAUGGAAGAAGGACGGCGAAUGUUUCAAAUAUUUGCUGCUCGAAUGUUCGAACAGCGAGUGCUAACAGCGUAUCGAGAAAAAGUCGCCCAGCAACGGCAGGAAUUGCUACUCCAGGAACUGAUGGAGGAGCAAACACUAAAUGAACAGCGAUCAGCAAAGAAAGCUCGCGAGGCGCAAAAGAAGAAGGAUAGGAAGAAGCAACAGAAACAGGCUCGAGAGGAGGAGAAAGCUCGAAAGGAAGCCGAGAAAGCUGCCGAAGAAGCUGCAGCUCGUGCCAUGGAAGCAAAGAAAUUGGAGGAACAGAAGCGGAAGAAAGAAGAGUUGCGAAAGAAGAAAGAGGCUGAGAAGAAGGCCCAAGAAGAAGAGCGUUUGCGCAAGGAAGCCGAAAAACAGAAACGCCUCCAGGAAGAGCGUGAACGUCAAGCUGAGAUUGAGCGCAAACAAAGGGAGCAGAAGGAACGGGAACGAAAGAAGCGUGAGGAUGCUAAGAGGAAAGAAGUAGAAGAACGUGAAGCAAAGGAGAAGAGAUUGAGAGAUAAAAAGGCCAAAGAGGAACAGGAUCGCAAACUGCGUGAGGAGCAGGCUGCUCGCAUCAUAGAACCAUCUGGCAAACAGCGCAGUGAAUCACAAUCUUCGUCACAGGCAGCCGUGGCUGGCCCAAAGCGAGCAUCACAACCUACUUCUGGCGCUGGAUUUGUCCCACCUGGAUUUCAAAGUCCCCAAGUUGCGCCCGUUGCCGGUUCCCCUCACUUUCAAGUCGCGACACCUAUCAUCCACAAAGCUUCGACUCCUGCUCGUCCUCGUCAGCCAUCGCAGCAAGGAUCACACGCAUCCUCUCCACGUUCUCAAGCCACAAGCGGUCCUGAACUCCUUUCCUCGAUUUCACCACAGAGCUUGCCUUUGUCGCAGCCGUCGAGCACCCCUCUCAGUUCAUCAGGCAAACUCGGCAUCUCACAACAACAACAACAACAACAACAACAACAACAACAACAACCUCCUAUCCUACACCAUCCUCAGCCUUCAGCACCACUUUCACCAAUGAGUAGCGCUGGUAGAUCCCAUCCUCCAGGCUAUCCACCUGUCAAUGGUCUGUCAGCACAUCCUCCUCCUGGAAUGCCUGGAAUAGCGACGCGACCUAUGGGCGAGAACAUGGCAAUGUAUCCCCCUCAUUCUGGGCCUAUUGGUAGCCAGUAUAGAGGCUUUCCUGCACCAAAUGGAGUGCUUCUACCUCCAGGAAUCGGUGGUACUCGUCCAAUGCCAAUUCCCAAUCGCGGGUUCCCUCCUCUAGACCCAAGCCAUAAUAUGGCGUUCAGUGGUCAAGCACCUGGCUCUGGAGUGAUGGCGACCGUUCAACCGACUGGCAGACCUAUUGCUCACUCUCGUCAAGCCUCUGGAUCGUUCGAUAGACCACCUGUCGAUGGCCAGCCCAUGAAUGCCCCGAUCUCGCGCCCAACACCGAUCAAACGGCCUUCGAGCCCUCACAAAGGAGAUGGAAGAACAAACGAGACAGAUAUGGAUGAUUUGAGUGCUCAGUUGGGUAGUAGCGCAUUGCUUGAUAAUUCGGAUAUGCCGUUUUCUACGAAUUUGUCGCAGUCUCUACCAGGGGCUCCAGUUCCUGGUGGAUUUGGACUGUCUCGUGCAAGCUUCGGCGCGCCACCGUUUCCCGACCCAUUAAGCCCUGCAAAACAUCCUAGUUUUUCUGGACAGGGAAACAGCUCCUGGGCAACUCAUAGUCCAUUUGGCGUGCCGUUUCCAACUUCGUGGAACGCAGCAGCUGGACCCUCUUGGCCUAAUCGACCUUUCGGCACCGCUGGCCCUCAUCGUACUCAUGCAUCUCGACCUGUGGCAAUUCGGCUUUCAGUCAUCCAGGCGAUCAAGCACCUAAGCUCAAGCAGUCCCUCGGAGUUCGCCCCUGGAUUCUAUGAAGUUAAUCGUCUUCUCGAUCAAGUCGAACAAUUGAAGUCUCCCAAUGAUCCAGCCAUCACACUGAACGAAAUGAUGGACAUUUGUGAUACAGAAGGUAGCUCACAGAACGGAGGCGGAUCGUUCACCGUCAAAGAAGAUGAGACCGGAAACCGUUAUGUAAAGUUCGAACCAGACAGCACCAGCCCUCUAUCCAGCCAUCGUGGUAGCUUUGUGCCGGGGGAUAUUGGAAGUCCCGUCCCUGCUAGCAGCAUGCCAGCACCUUUUGGUGCACCCGGUGUCCGUCAAUACUCAUCUCCAACGACUUUCUAG